AAGCCGACGCUUGCUGCAUCACGCAGGGCUCCAUCGGGGCUAGUUAUGGCAGCUUCUGCACUCAUUCAUUGAGCAUCGAUGCGGCGAGUGCCAGGUUACGGCUGCUGACGGCUAGCUGAGAGCUGCAGCCAUGCUUGUCCUCAGGCUGGCCUGCGUCGUCGCGUCGAGCGCAGCGCUCGCGGCUAAACGUGCACGGGCUGGCUUCGCGCAACCGCCACCCGCGGAUGAUCGACGCGCGCGACGGCUCGCCCGCGUGUGGCCUGCUGGCGCCAAGGUCGACGCGCCCGCAGCGCCGACGUGGGACGAGCUCUCUCAGCUGUGUGGCGACGCCGUGGCCGCGCGCACUGCCGCAGCAGAUGCAUCAGUCGUCUUCUGGCGCGACGCCGCACAUUGGUGUCCCUAUUGCCAGUCGUUCGAGAUCGUGCUCGGCGAGCGAAGGAUAGACCACGUCGUUCGCUGCGUCCCGCUGCGAUGCUAUGGCGAGAAGCCGGCCGAGUUCGUCGACGUCGCGGGAGCCGACGCAACGCUUCCGGUCCUAAUCGUCGACGGGCGCGUCUACGGCUCGUCGCGCGCCGCGAUGCGUGUGUUGUGCGAUGAAGCGCGGUUCCCUUCGCCGGAGCACCCGCCAGUCAGCUUCGACUACGCGUUUUCUGCCAUCGAACGAGAGCUGGCCACAGCAUACGGCGUCUGGCUCGUCGACGGUCGGCGCCGUGGCAUACGCGAGCGCUUCCACGCUGCACUCGAUGCUCUCGAGGCGACGCUUAGCGAUGGGAGGCAUUUCUUUGGUGGAACACGACCGUCCUGCGAAGAUGCGACUAUGGCGCCGACGCUCGAGCGCGCGGCCGCGGUGGCUGCUUAUUUCAAGGGCGAUGCGACGGUCGCUGGUGGUCGCGUGCGCUCUGAUGACGAGCUCGCGGUUCGAGGCAUCGACGCCGCACCGAGGCAUCCGUUGCUGCAAGCAUGGGCAGAGCGCUUUGCGGAACGGGGGCACUGGCGCCGAGCCGACUGGUAUACGCACGCGCAUUCGCUCCCGGUCCAGCUCGGCGGGCAGAGCUUUGAUUCAUUUGAGAUUCGCGACCUCGUCGAUGGCGCGUGGAUCUUAGAUGACGGGCUCGAAGACUCUACAACUCGAAGGCGCCAAGCGGCGGCACUGCUCGCACGCAACACCGAUGCCAUCGCGCGCUUUGCUGCCCGUGGCUGCCGGAAACCGACGAAGCGCGAGCGUGACCGCACCACGGCACCGCUCGCCGACGCGGAUGUAGUCGACGUGCCCGAGGCAGCGCUCCCUGCCAUUGAUGCGCUUGUUCGGCUCGUCGCAGCGCGGUUGCUUGCCGAAGAUGACACGACGCGCGCUUCGGUCGACGCGGCCGCGGCGACAGCGGCCCGCUCUGUCCCGGUAGCCCCUGCUCACGCGGCGAUGGCGUAUCUGCGGGACCGAGUUGGCGUCCCACGCGAUGCAGACCAUCCGGUGGCGCACGAAUUGCGGUGUGGUUUGAAUUGGAUGUGUAAG